UAUAAAGCUUUCCAUUCUGUCUUUGCUCUCACUCUCAACACCCCAAAUGAGUACUCUUUUAGAGGCCUACAAGAACAACCCUGUCCAACUCCACCAUCUUAUCCCCCUCGACUUCCCCUCUCUCCGAGCGGUGCCGGAGUCGCACGUAUGGCCGGAAUCCUACAACUUCCGGCUAUCCCUUCCCGACGAAAACCUUUCCAUACCCAUCGUGGAUCUCAAGGAUCCCAACAUCGCGUAUAAUAUCGGCCGUGCAUGCCAGACGUGGGGGAUUUUUCAAGUCACCAACCAUGGGCUUCCUUCUGGCCUGUUGGAGGAUGUGGAGUACGAAGCCCGACGCCUCUUCUCUCUCCCGGUCGAACAGAAGAGGAAGGUGUUGCGGUCGCCUGGUGGAGCCACGGGAUACGGUUGCGCACGAAUCACGCCUUUUUUCCCCAAGUUCAUGUGGCAUGAAGGGUUCACUGUCAUGGGUUCUUCAGUGGAUCAUGCUAGGGUUCUUUGGCCUCAUGGCUAUAAACGCUUCUGUGAUGCAAUGGACAAGUACCAAAAACACAUGAAAAUCCUUGCCCACAACCUCUUCCUCACAAUCCUCAGCUCACUGGACCUAUCCGAUGCCGAAAAUGAUUGGGCCGCCGCGGUUUACGACUCCAAAUCCAAUGCCCUCCAGCUCAACUCCUACCCGGCAUGUCCCGACCCAACCCGAACCAUUGGUCUCGCCCCGCACACCGACUCCCUCCUCCUCACCAUCCUCCACCACUGCGAAACAAACGGGCUCCAAACUUUUCGGGACGGGUUUGGGUGGGUCCCGGUCCAUCGGGUUUCCGGAGCACUCACGGUUAAUGUUGGUGACUUGCUACAUAUUUUGUCCAAUGGGAAAUUUCCAACGGUUUGCCAUCGGGCCAUGGUGAACCGGACCCGGCACCGGAUAUCGGUUGCUUAUUUUUACGGGCCUCGGGCCGAUUCCGUUGUCGGGCCUUUCUCGAGGCUUGGGCUCCCGCGUUACCAGACUUUGACGCUUAAAGAGUAUAUUGGGAUCAAGGCCAAGCAUUUAGACAAGGCACUUUCUUUGAUUACAAUCUAAACACAUUUUUUUGGUCAAAAAAUUUAAUUUAAUUUGAAUUUUUGUUCUUUAUUUCCACAUUUUCUGAAUGAGUUUAGUCUAAAAGUUUUGUUUCUUUUUUUUUUUUUGAAUAACUAGGUAUUUGCGUUAGUUUACGUGCAUUUUCACUGAUUUCGAAAUCCAGUUAAAAUUUUCGGUCAAAGUCCAGUAGUCCCAAGGGUUUGUUGUUGUUGUUGAAGUCGAGUUUGUGAGCUUGAAGAAGUAGGUUCUCAUUUGAUGUUAUGCUUUCCACUCGAAUUGGGUGGCACUUUUUGUGCUUGGAGAUCGGAGUUUAAUUAUUUUCAAGAGAAA